AUGACGUUGAUAGGCUCUAAUCAGGAACCACAGUCAGUGUUCACUUUGUCGCUACUUGGUGACGAAUGUGGUGCUCGAGUAGAGGCGUGCCUAGCUGAAAUCGCUGCCACUUACAGUGUAACGUUCAUAACAGUGCAAUACUUGCCGUUCUGUGUCGAUUUAGUGGAGCAGGCGACCAAAAGGCUCACACCACAAAUCGAAGCCGGUCUGUUAGCGGCGUUUCGGAUCGUUCGACUCAGCGCCAGGUCGAUGACCGAUCAUCAGCUUAUGAACUACCUUGAGGCAGUAUCCCUACUUUACAAUAUAUCGAUGAGAAUUGGGCUGGAAAACACGCGGAUGUACGCAAGAAAGCCGUUCGAGUUGAUUUUGAAGCGUGUUGCGGAAAACUGUACGACGGCAGACGAACAGUUGAGAAUACGCCAAAAAAUUGGGUGCAGGCGAGUUAAGAAAUCGACGUUCGAAGGUGUCAGUGACUUCAUGUUGUGGUCAAUUAUAGAUCAGAAAUGGACGCCUCCGCCAGUGUUAGACGAGGUUGAGUUUAAUUCUCUUAAGAAAUGGACUGUCGCAUCUAUACCGCUAUGGUUCGUAUCGUCGGUGAUAGAUCGCUUCGCGAACUCAUGGGGAGUUCCUCUUCUUUCAUCAUUCUGUUCUGAUCCCGCUUUCCUUGUGCCGUUCGUCAGUUCACAAGUGGCAGCCAGUUCACCGUCAUCGUUACGAGUAGCGCCAAUGUAUCAGUUGAACAGCUUCCCGUCAGGGAAUCGUCUUCUCUCCCUGUCUUCUCCAUCAUCCCACUCGAAUCUGUCCAGCAUUGGAGGUGUUGGGUUAUGUGAGUCCACAUCACUUAGUGCACUUUGGUGUGCGCGAAUAUCAGCAGCUGUCUGUACUGCCGAAGGAAAGUGA